CCGGCGGGAGCCAUGCUGCGCUGCCUGCUCCAGCGCGCCUGCAGCCUGCCCGCCUUGGAGAAGGGCGACAAGCAGAGCGACCCGGUGGCCAGCCUGACCUUCCGAGGGGUGAAGAAGAGAACCAAAGUGAUCAAGAACAACAUCAAUCCAGUAUGGAACGAGGGCUUUGAAUGGGACCUGAAAGGCCUCCCCUUAGACCAGAAUGCGGAGCUCCACGUGGUUGUCAAAGACCAUGAGACCAUGGGGAGAAACAGGUUCCUGGGCGAAGCCCACGUGCCCCUCCGAGAUGUCCUGGCUUCUCCCCACCUCGCUGCCAGCUUCAACGCUCCUCUGCUGGAUGCCAAGAAGCAGAGCACAGGGGCCUCUCUUAUCCUGCAAGUCUCCUACACUCCUCCUCCCGGGGCAGCUCCUUUCUUCCUGCCUCCUGCCCCCCUCGAGCCAAACCCAACUCCCGUGGAGCUGGACACCAUCACAGAUACAGCUGGCGAGGAAGAGGGUGAAGAUCACCUUGGGACAGGAGACGAAGCGGAGCCUCCCUCGGGGCCUUCAGCAUCAGAUCAACCUUCCCUCCCCAAGAAACCUCCAACGCACGCGGCUCAUGGGACCAAGAGAAGAAAAAGCACUUCCAAAAAACUGCUGUCCAACAAGCCUCAGGACUUCCAGAUCAGGGUGCGAAUCAUUGAAGGGCGGCAGUUUCCAGGAGUCAACAUCAAGCCUGUGGUGAAGGUCACAGCGGCUGGACAAACCAAGAGAACCCGGAUCCGGAAAGGGAAUGGCCCAGUUUUUGAUGAGACCUUUUUCUUCAAUAUCAUUGAAUCCCCAAUGGAGCUGUUCGAUGAACCCAUUUUCAUCACUGUUGUUGAUUCCCGUUCUCUUCGGACAGACUCUGUUAUUGGAGAAUUCCGGAUGGACGUUGGGACGGUUUACGCCGAACCCAAGCACGCCUUCCUCCGAAAGUGGCUGCUGCUUUCAGACCCGGAAGAUUUUUCAGCUGGCGCUAAAGGCUACUUGAAGGUCAGCCUGUACGUCCUGGGUCCUGGCGAUGAGGCACCUGUGGAGAAGAAGGAAGGUGCCGAAGACAAGGAGGACAUUGAGGGCAACAUACUCCGGCCCACAGGGGUGUGCCUUAGAGGAGCCCACUUCUCCCUCAAAAUCUACCGAGCCGAAGACCUGCCCCAGAUGGAUGAUGCUAUCCUGGACGGCGUCAAGCAGAUCUUUGGGUUUGAGAGCAACAAGAAGAACUUGGUGGAUCCAUUUGUGGAAGUUACCUUUGCUGGAAAAACGCUCUGCAGCAAGGUCCUGGAGAAAACGGCCAACCCUCAGUGGAAUCAGAGCAUCACCCUCCCAGCCAUGUUUCCUUCCAUGUGUGAGAAGUUGAGGAUCCGAGUCCUGGACUGGGACCGCGUCACUCACAAUGACAUUGUUGGCACCAGCCACCUGUGCAUGUCUCGAAUCUCAGCCCCAGGAGGGGAACUGGAAGAUGACUCUCCUGGCCUUGUGAAGCCUUUCAGAGCAACUGACAUUGAUGAUGGGUUGGGUUUCUUACCAACCUUUGGGCCAUGUUACAUAAACCUCUAUGGCAGCCCGAGAGAGUUCACGGGAUUUCCAGACCCCUACGAAGAGCUCAACAUGGGCAAGGGAGAGGGUGUUGCCUAUCGAGGGCGAUUGCUGGUAGAACUGGAGACCAAGUUGGUGGAUCACGUUGAACAGAAAGUGGAGGACAUCGCUGCUGAUGAGAUCCUGAGGGUGGAGAAGUACCUGCGUAGAAGGAAGUAUUGCCUCUUUGCCGCCUUCUAUUCGGCCACCAUGUUGCAAGACGUUGACGACGCCAUCCAAUUUGAGGUCAGCAUCGGCAACUAUGGGAACAAGUUUGAUAGCACCUGCCUGCCCUUGGCCUCCACCACGCAGUUCAGCAGGGCUGUGUUUGAUGGCUGUCAGUAUUACUACCUGCCGUGGGGCAACGUGAAGCCCGUGGUUGUGCUCUCCUCCUAUUGGGAAGACAUCAGCCACAGAACUGAUGUCCAGAAUCUUCUCUUCUGGGCUGCAGAGAGGCUGGAAGUGAACUUGGAGCAGAUCCACCACGCCCUGAAAGCCAAGUGCUCGGCCACUGACUUGGACGCCCUGGCAGCCCGCUUGAUUGAUGAGGUCAUCGCGGACUGCAGCCAGCCACUGGUGGACGUCACCCAGAAGCCAGUCAGCACCCACUUGGACCAGUAUCUCUACCACUUCCGCACAACCAACCUUAACCAGAUUGCCCAGGCGGCCUUGAGGUUGAAGCAUGAAGACUCUGACUUGCAUAUGGUCCUGGACCAGGCAGAGGACUGGCUCUCGCGGCUGAAAUCCAUGGCAGAGGAGCCUCAGAACAGCCUGCCGGACAUUGUGAUCUGGAUGCUGCAGGGAGACCGGCGGGUAGCUUACAGCCGGGUGCCUGCCCGUGAGGUUCUUUACUCAAGGAAUGGACCCAACAGCUGCGGGAAGAACUGUGGGCAACUCCAGACCAUAUUCUUGAAAAACCCUCAGGAAGAGGUGAUGGGGCCUCGGAUCCCGGCCCAGAUUCGAGUCCGGCUGUGGCUUGGGCUAGCUGUGGAUGAGAAAGAAUUCAACAAGUCAACGGAGGGGAGACUCUCCGUCUUUGCAGAAACGUAUGAAAAUCAAACCAAGCUGGCACUGGUUGGAAACUGGGGCACCUCCGGCCUGACCUACCCCAAGUAUUCCGAUGUCACGGGCAAGAUCAAGUUGCCAAAGGACAGCUUCAAGCCUUCCACAGACUGGGCUUGGGCUGGGGAGUGGUUUGUCAGCCCCGAAAAGACGCUGCUAUACGACGUGGAUGCCGGGCACAUGAGCUUUGUGGAGGAAGUGUUUGAGAACCAAGUGCGCCUUCCUGGCGGCCAGUGGAUCCACAUGGCCGAGCCCUACACAGAUGUGAACGGGGAGAAAGUUCUGUCCAAAGAUGAAAUUGAAUGUCCACCGGGGUGGAAAUGGGACGAUCCGGAGUGGGACACAGACCUCAACAGAGCGGUUGAUGAGAGAGGCUGGGAAUAUGGUAUCACCAUCCCACCGGACCGCAAGCCCAAGGCCUGGGUGCCGGCAGAGAAGAUGUACCACACGAACCGACGCAGGCGUUGGGUGAGGCUGCGCAGGAGGGACCUCUCGCAGAUGGAGGCUUUGAAAAAGCACAGGCAGGAAGAACUGGAAGGAGAGGGCUGGGAGUAUGCCUCCCUCUUUGGCUGGAAGUUUCACCUGAAAUACCGCAAGACUGACACUUUUCGCCGCCGCCGCUGGAGGCGUCGGAUGGAGCCACUGGAGCAGACAGGAGCAGCUGCCGUCUUUGCAUUGGAAGGUGCACUGGGCGGAGUGACAGAAGACAAGAGCGAUGACGGCAAAUCCGUAUCAACACUCAGCUUUGGUGUGAAUCGGCCAACCAUUUCCUGCAUAUUUGACUAUGGGAACCGGUACCACCUGCGUUGCUACAUCUAUCAAGCAAGGGAUCUAAUUGCCAUGGAUAAAGACAGCUUUUCAGAUCCCUACGCCAUCGUCUCCUUCCUCCACCAGAGCCAAAAGACGGUGGUUGCAAAGAACACUCUGAACCCCACCUGGGACCAGACUCUCAUCUUCUAUGAGAUCGAAAUCUUUGGGGAUCCCCUGGGCAUUGACAGCUCCCCUCCCUACGUGGUGGUUGAAAUCUAUGACCAUGACACCUAUGGUGCCGAUGAAUUCAUGGGCCGCUGUAUCUGCCGGCCGAGCCUGGAACGCCUGCCACGGCUGUCCUGGUAUCCCAUCACCAGGGGCAACCGGAAUGCAGGGGAGCUGCUGGCCGCAUUUGAGCUCAUCCAGAGGGAGAAGCCAGCCAUCCACCACAUCCCAGGCUUUGAGACUGAGGUGCUGUCUGUUUUGGAUGAGUCUGCAGACUUGGAUCUGCCGUACCCCCCACCGCAGAGAGAACCCAACAUCUAUAUGGUCCCUCAAGGAAUCAAGCCGGUUCUUCAACGUACAGCCAUUGAGAUCUUGGCCUGGGGGCUCCGGAACGUGAAGAGCUACCAGCUGUCCAGCGUCACUUCUCCCAGUCUCCUGGUGGAGUGUGGCGGGCAGAUGGUCCAGUCGUGCGUCAUCAAGAACCUCAAGAAAAACCCCAACUUUGAUGUCUCCGUUCUCUUCGUGGAAGUGCGCUUGCCCAGGGAAGACCUGUACAGUCCACCCAUCGUCAUCAAAGUCAUUGACAACAGGCCGUUUGGCCGCAGACCUGUGGUGGGGCAGUGUACCAUCCGCUCCCUGGAGGAGUUCUAUUGUGACCCCUACACAGAGGAGGUGGAGUGUGCUGCGACACAGCUAGAUGACGUGAGCCUCACCCCUAGAGAUGAUGUUCUCAUCGAGAUCGAUGACAAGGAACCUCUCAUUCCUGUCCAGCCUGCAGACGGCUUGACCAGCUCACCUCUCAUUAACAUGCAAACUUCUUGGGCCAGUCUCCAUGAAGAAGAGCUCAUUGAUUGGUGGAGCAAGUUCUACGCUUCCACGGGCGAAAGGGAGAAAUGUGGGUGUUACCUGGAGAAGGGCUUUGACACUCUGAAGGUCUUUGAAACGGAGUUGGAGAACAUAGAAGACUUUGGGGGUCUCUCAGAUUUCUGCCACACCUUCAAGCUGUUCCGUGGCAAGACGCAGGAUGCCAACGAAGACCCCACGGUUGUGGGGGAAUUCAAGGGCUCCUUCAAGAUCUACCCGCUCCCAGACGACCCCACAGUUCCUGUGCCCCCUCGGCAGUUUCAUCAGCUUCCAUCCCGGGGCCCUCAGGAGUGCCUCCUCAGGGUUUAUAUCAUUCGGGCCUUUGAUCUCCAGCCUAAAGACUCAAAUGGAAAGUGUGACCCUUACGUGAAGAUUUCCGUGGGGAAGAAAUCCAUCAAUGACCAGGAUCAUUAUAUCCCAUGCACUCUGGAACCCGUCUUUGGGAAGAUGUUUGAGCUGACGUGCACUUUGCCCCUGGAGAAGGAUCUGAAGGUCGCUCUUUAUGACUACGACCUCUUGUCCAAGGAUGAGAAGAUUGGAGAGACCACCAUCGACCUAGAGAAUCGGUUCCUCUCCCGAUUUGGGGCGCGCUGUGGUCUGCCCCAGACUUACUGCAUCUCUGGUCCCAACCAGUGGAGAGAUCAACUGCGACCCACCCAGCUGCUCCACCUCUUCGCCUUGCAUCGCAACUACAAAGCUCCCAUCUAUAAGCCAGACCGGAUCGUCUUCAGAGAUCAAGCCUACAGCCUCUCUGAUUUGGAGGACGGCAAACCACCGAAUCCGCACCUCGGGCCUGUGGAGGAGAGGCUUGCUUUGUAUGCCCUGCAGAAGCAAGGCCUGGUGCCAGAGCACGUGGAGACGCGGCGGCUGUACAGCCCCCUGCAGCCAGACAUUGAACAGGGGAAGCUUCAGUUGUGGGUGGACCUUUUCCCAAAAUCGCUGGGCGCACCUGGAGCACCGUUCAACGUGACCCCACGGAGAGCAAAGAGGUUCUACUUGCGCUGCAUUAUCUGGAAUGCCAAAGACGUCCUCCUAGAUGACCUCAGUAUCACAGGCGAGAAGAUGAGUGACAUCUAUGUGAAAGGGUGGCUGGUUGGCUAUGAAGAGAACAAGCAGAAGACAGAUGUCCACUACAGGUCAAUGGGGGGCGAAGGGAACUUCAACUGGAGGUUUGUGUUUCCCUUUGACUACCUCCCUGCUGAGCAGGUCUGCUGUGUGGCGAAGAAGGAGCAUUUCUGGAGCUUGGACAGGACGGAGAACAAAGUGGCCCCCCGACUGGUCCUCCAAGUGUGGGACAAUGACAAGUUUUCUUUUGAUGACUACCUGGGCUCCAUCCAGCUGGAUCUCAACAGCAUGCUGAAGCCAGCCAAGGCAGCUGAGAAAUGCUCCUUAGACAUGCUGGAGGACGCAGCGAAGAUGGUCUCUCUCUUUGAGCAGAAGACUGUGAAGGGCUGGUGGCCAUGUGUGGCAGAAGAGGAGGAGAAGAAGAUCAUUGCGGGAAAGCUGGAAAUGACACUGGAGAUUGUCAGUGAACAGGAGCAGGAGGAGAGGCCAGCCGGGCUGGGUCGGGACGAACCGAACAUGAACCCCAAGCUGGAAGACCCGCAGCGUCCCGAGACCUCCUUCCUGUGGUUUACCUCUCCCUACAAGACUCUGAAAUAUAUCCUCUGGAGGAGGUUCAAGUGGGUCUUCCUCGUUCUCCUCGUCCUUUUCAUCGUGUUGCUGUUCCUGGGGAUCUUCAUCUACGCCUUCCCGAAUUACGCUGCCAUGAAGCUAGUGAAGCCCUUCAGCUGAGCCAGCGCUGCUAACCCAAGCAACAGCGGCAUGAGAAGAGACAGGCCCACCCGUUGCACUGGCUGCACGGGGCCUUUCCCACGAUCUGAUCUGUCCUUCCGAAACACAAGUGCCAAGCAGAAAGUGAUGAUGGCUGUGUCUCCUUGUGGAACGUCUGCCCUCGACAAAAAUGAAGCCACGAGUUUAAAAGACUGCCCCCCACCCCGCCCCAGCAAAUGCUGCUCAGGUGACACGGCUGAAUUGGUCUACCGAACCUGGAUUUCCCUCUCGUCUCUGCACAGCGAAAUUCUAUGUUCCGGCUGCACGAGGAAUCAGUUCACGCUGAGGCUUGUUACUUAGAAAAGAAGCAAAAGCUCUUUAUUGUAGGAGAACUCCACGCUUGAGAGGAAAGGCAGAGCAAAGCCUUCUAGCUAUCCGUCUAGCCUAGGGUGGAGAGAGAGGGUCGAAAGCAUGUCCCGCCCUCCUGAUGGACAGAGGAAAGGAGGGAGAGAAGGGAAGCGACCAGGGUCUAGCAGGGACAGCUGCAAGAGAGGACAAAGGAACGGACAGGAAGCAACCUAGCUAGCCUUAACGGCUUUUCUAGCGCCCUCCCCUGAGACUCCAAGGCCAGUGCUCGCAUUCAGUGGCCCUGCACACUCGGUUCCUUCCAACAUAUUCUGCCUUCCUUUUUUCCAUGUUCAGACUUGGCUGAUGGGUCUCCACUGGUGGCAGCUGGCGACACUCCCCCCUUCUUUCUGGAGGAGAACGGGAGCCAGACCUGAACUUGCUAUUCCUUCUUCAGACCUUAGCAGGGGCUUCUUCUGCUGUGCAGAGAAGCACUUGAUGGUUGCAAGCCUUGUCUGGUGUGGGCCUGGCCCCCCGAAUCUUCCACUCCCCUCAAUGGAAUUCCACUGCCUGAGUCCAGUUGCAUCGUUCGGAGGGGAUACAAAAGGGGUGGUGGGUGAGGGCUGAGAGAGGUGCAAGUGCCAAGUGAUGUGAGAGAGAAGGCAGAGGACGCGCAACUGUCUAAUGCCAUGAGACGGAGACGUCCCACCGACUGAGGCCCUGGGAAACAAAUUGCGGGGAACCUUCUCCCAACUUAAAUGAUCACCCUGACAUUUCAGAGUCACAGAUUUACACCAUAUUCGCAGUUAAUGCAUGUUAAGCGCUGGGGGGUUGUGGAGGGGAAAAAGAGUAGACUCACAGGGUUGGAAGGUGCCUCCAGGGUCAUCUAGUCCACCCCCCUGCACAAUGCAGGAAAUUCACAACUACACCCCCCCCCCCCCCAACAGCCCCAGUGACCCCGGCUCCAUGCCCAGAAGAUGGCAAAACCCCGUCAGGAUCCCUAGCCAAACUGGUAUGGACUGUUGCGUUUGGCAAGUUCACAUGUAUCCCUAACUUUAUUACUUUAAGAUUUCACAGUGAAAAUUAAGCUUUUAAAAAUCCUUUCCUGUGGCCAACCCAUGUUUUCCAAGCACCUUUUGAACCCCAGAACAUACUUCAAAACUGUCUCUGCGUGAUUCACAAAAUGCUGACCCCACAACCAGACGUCUGUGGAAGAUCAGACCAAAGGUGCAGCUUGUCCAGCACCCAGGUCUGUCCCCAGGAUGCUCAGAAUCGGAGCACCAAGGCAGUGGCCCUCUCCUCCCAUUGGGCCCCGUUAGCAAGUGGCAUUCAGAGAUCUACUAUUUAGCCAUUGAUCCAGAGGAGUUAGCCGUGUUAGUCUGUAGUCACAAAAUAGUAAAGAGUCCAGUAGC